AGAAGGGCAGCCCGAGCUUGCCUCUCAUGCAGAACGCGAAAGGUCAGAUGCGACGUCAGCGAGCGAUGGCCGUGCGGGAAUUGCAAAUGGGGUGACUCUGAAUGCGUUGUCCUCGAGCGCCGGGGCGCAAGGCUCCCCGACGCCAAACCGCCAAGCACGCCUGUUCAAGACGGUGAUAAAGCUCGCGGUAUAUCAGUCAAGACAUCCGAUUCUCCAUCAUGCUCCUCCUUAUUUGAGCCUGGCCUACCUGGACUAUUCGAGACUCAGCCAAGCAUUCAACUUCAGGCGUUCAUUGUACCACUACCAGCACGAAUACAAUCCGACGACGCCGCGUAUCUAUUAUACAAAGGUGCGCUGAGUUUGCCAGAUAUCGAUUGCCAAAACGCACUGCUUCGAUCCUACUUCGAGUUCACCUACCCCUACAUGCCGGUCUUGGACCUCGGUCAUUUUCUCCAAAUAUUAGACGCCCGUGACGGGAAAUGCGGCCAAAUCAGCUUGUUUCUCAUCCAAUCCAUCUUGUUUGCUGGAGCUGCACAUGUAAACAUGAACUACCUAAGAGCAGCUGGAUUCACUACUCGAAAACAAGCCCUCAAGGAACUUUUCCAGCGAGCUCGCUUACUUUACGACUUCAAUUAUGAAUCCGAUCGCCUCGUUCUCGUCCAGGGGCUCCUACUCAUGUCACUCUGGUAUGAGACCUCAGAGGAGCACAGGAAUACAUGGCAUUGGAUUGAUGUCGCCGUCUCGCAGGCAUUCGUGGCUGAGCUCCACCGAGACUCAGACGACAGUUCACGAUGCUCGAAAGACAGAAUAUUACGGCGCAGAGUCUGGUGGUCUUGUUUUAUCCGAGAUCAACUUACUUCGCUUGAGAUGAAACGGCUCCCUCGGAUCAGAGACGGCGAAUAUAACGUUUCGAUGCUGACAGACGACGAUUUCGAAAUUCAAAUGACUCAAGACGAUUACUGCCUGAAGCCAGGGCCAAUUUGGACCCAAUUCCGAGAUGAGACAAAACAAAAGGAAUUGGGCAGACUCUGCACUGCAAAAGCGGUCUUGUGUCAAUGCAUCAGUGCCUACCUCGUGUUCUCCCACUCCAUUGGAUCAAGGAAAGGCCAUGGGAUUUCUUCGUAUAAUUCAAUUCCAAACGUGGACGGGAAGAACUCAGGUGGCUUUUCAUUUGCCUCGGUAAAGGGAAAGCUCGACAUAUGGCACAAGUCCCUGCCAGAGUGCUGUUGGCUUCGACCACUCCCAGAUGAGGUACGGAUUGUUGAUGCUGGGAUUGCGUUGAAUCGGAUGGUUUUACACAUAAUAUACCAAUCUAUUAGGCUGGCCAUCGAAAGAACCAUAUUCAUGUCACCUCUCACGCAAUCAUUACUUAAUCGAGAGGCCGCAAGGGUUUGCAUGCUGGAGGCUGCUAUGCAGAUUUCGGACAUGGCCAACGAGGCGCAUGAAGCUGGAAUCUAUCGUUUCUUUUCCAACUCGGCGCUCAUUGCAAUCGUUGCCGCCGCGGGAGUUCAUCUCCAAAGACUCAAGGGGAAUUUGGAGGCGGAAGGUCAGACUGCAUUUAAAGGAUUUCGCCAAUGCGCAGAGGUAAUACAAAGCCUGGGGGAUACUUAUGAGCCUGCCAAUCUCGCAAGGCAUGUUAUGGAGUGG